AUGGUUAGAACCUACCAGAGUAAGAAACCCGGUUCAAGAGGCUAUGUUACCUACUCUGAGGAGACCCUAGAGAAAUGCUUGGAAGCUGUCAGGUCUGGCAAGCUCUCACAAAGAAAAGCAGCUCAACAGUUCAACAUAGCGAGGAGCACCAUUCAGAACAAAGUCAAAGGAACGCACAGCAGACCAAUCGGGCGGGGCUGUGUCUUCUCUGAAGAAGAGGAGAAGCUGUUCACGGCUCGAAUCAUAACCAUGUGUGAUUGGGGCUUCCCUAUUGGUUUUAUGGACCUUAGGAUGCUCAUAUCGUCUUAUUUGAAGAAGCAAAGGAGAGUGGAGAUUCGAUUCAAAGAAAAUGUGCCAGGAGAUGACUGGGUAAGAGGCUUUAUAAAACGAAAUAAGCUAGCAAACCGUUUAGCCUCGAACAUAAAAAGAAGUAGAGCCCAAAUAUCAAAGGAAGCUCUUGAACGGUAUUUCAACCAUCUUAAAAAUGAGCUGGAAGGUGUCCCUGCAUCAAACAUUUGGAACUACGAUGAGACAAACCUGACGGACGAUCCUGGUAAGAAAAAAUUCAUCAUGAGAAGGGGGACAAAAUAUCCUGAGAGGGUUAUGAACCACAGUAAAGUGGGAAUUUCGAUUAUGUUCUGUGGUAAUGCUGAUGGGCAGAUGCUUGACCCAUACACUGUUUAUAAGGCAAAGAAUAUGUAUCCAGCCUGGAUGCAGGGUGGCCCUCCAAAUGCCCGCUAUGGUUACUCUGAUUCGGGUUGGUUCGAAGAACGCUCAUUCGAGGACUGGUUUUUCUCGCUCGCGCUACCCAGACUAAGGAGGCUUGAUGGCAAGAAAGUCCUUAUCGGCGACAAUUUGAGUUCCCAUCUCAGUGUAAAGGUAAUUGAGGCCUGCAAAGCAAAUGACAUUUCGUUUAUAUGUCUUUACCCUAAUGGCACCCACCUUCUUCAGCCACUUGAUGUGUCUUACUUUGCACCACUGAAGAAAGCCUGGAAGCAUGUUCUUGGUAAAUGGAAACUUACUCCCGAGGGGAGACAGCAGGGAACACUUAAUAAGAAGCAAUACCCUCGACUGCUUGCUAAGCUGAUUGCAAUUCUAGCUUCUGAGAAUGGUCCCGAAAAUCUCAAGAGUGGUUUCAGGAAAUGUGGUCUUGUACCUUUUGAGCCUGAACAAGUUUACAAGAGCUUGCCCUCUACUGCUUCCAAUGAACUUGAACCAACUGAAGCCCUCGACUCAUCCCUUCUUGAAGCACUGAAAGAGCUGAGGGGUAAUAAUGCAGAGCUUCCUAAGACGAAAAAAGUGUCCAAGAAGAACAGACUUCAUCUGAGUCCAGGUAGGUCAGUCAGUUUGGUAGAGAUACCUGUCGCCACUUCCACCCCACAGCCCAUUCCUUCUGGUGUUGAUUCUCCAAAAUCAUCGAAGGAACCAAAAUCAAAGACAAAGAAAACCAGAGGGAGAAAGAAGAAUACUGUUUUGAACACAGUCCCUGACUUCGCCACUUCCACCCCACAGCCCAUCCCUUCUGGUGCUGAUUCUCCAAAAUCAUCGAAGGACACAAAAUCAAAGACAAAGAAAACCAGAGGGAGAAAAAAGAAGGACACUGUUAAGAACACAGUCCCUGACUCUAACCUUGUGAAUCACAAAAGUCAGGACUAUGUGAUUGUGGAAUAUGAAGGCUCAUCAUUUCCUGGUCAGAUUAUCAGUGUUGAUGACAAUGAUGGGGCAGUUGUUUACAGAGUAAGCUGCAUGCAAAAGUAUGCAGGCGGAAAAGGCUGGGUUUGGCCAGAAAUUGCAGACAUAGAGGAGUAUCAGGAGGUUAAAUCAACCAUGAGCCUUUGGUGA